AUAAAAUCUUUAAUAAUAAUCAUCUUAGCUGAUUUAGAACAACUAUUUCAUAGUUAAGUGACCUCAAUAACAAGUUUUCAAUAAAACUACAAAAGGCACCUAAAUUUUCAUACCAGACGAGUAUUCACACACGAUAACUUGAUUCAGAAACACUAUAGAUAAAAUGAUUAAUCCAAUAUCUGAUAACAUGGCUUAUAUUAGCCAGAUAGCAGCAGACACAGAUGAUCUUAAUAAUGGACGAUGGCAUACUUUAUUAAGGAAAAUGUCAGUCAUAGUAACUCCUGAACAAUCAACUACAGGCACAGCAGAGACCCUAGAAAAGUCGACUGUAGAAGAAGUUAACUUGCCUACUGUUGAAGAGUGUCUAGAUCAAGAAGAUUAUGAAACUGCUAUCAGCUACUUUGAAACAGACAGUAACACGUUAACAGAUCAUAGAUCAUCAUCUAGUAUUUAUCCUUCUGAUAACACGAAUAAAGUAAAGCAGCGAUGGAUGAGAUCAUUUGAGAAAAUUCGAAUGAUCAAUCAUUUCAAGUCAGCGCCAUCCUCAGGCACCGGCAUCAUAUCAAAACUACCAUUAGCACCUUACUACCCAGCUGCGUUCAUACCCCUCUAUCUUACUCUUCUUUCCAGAGACGAGCAUGGGAGAAAACCACCACCUAUCCUAUUUGACGCGCUAUCAUGUGCUAUCACAGACUCCAUUAUAGACCAAAACACAUCACAUAGACUAUGGAUUUUUCGAAUAGAGUUACAGUAUGGAGAAGUCAAGUGGGUUAUUCACAGAACUAUUAUAGAAUUCUAUAAUCUCCACUUAACUCUCAAGUUCAAACACAUUUCAGGCCUUAUCUCUGAACCCCCUCCUUCUUUUCCCAGUCAGCUUGCUCACCUGACAAACGCUGCCUUAACCUCGAUGCGUAUUGUAAGGGAAGAAGAAGACGAUCGUUGGCAAGAUGUUGCUCUUAAACGCCGUGAUGAUUUAGAAUCUUAUUUAAAGGAGCUAAUCGAGAAAGCUGCUGUCACUGUCAACUAUGAACUGUGCGAAUUUUUAGAGCUCAGUGCCAUUUCGAUCACUAAAGAUAUGGGCUGGAAAGGGAAAGAAGGAUACUUAGAGCACAGUACAGCUCCAAUGUCCUUUCGACUUGGGUUACCUUGGCAGCAGAAAUGGCAGAAGGAGUGGUUGAUUCUAAGAGAUAGCUAUCUUGCUUUUUGUAACGAUAUUGGAUCUACUUCAGUUACAGAUGUCCUGCUGUUUGACAGACACUUGAAGGUUAGACUAAAAGGGCAGGGAAGUACGACUUUUGGUUCUGUUCACUUUAUUAUAUCAAAUUCUACACGAAAGAUCGAAAUAAAGAGUCCUCCGUCAAGAUAUACAGACGAAUGGCUGGAAAACCUUGAAAGGGCACAGAAAGAAAGUCCAUGGACUAUGAAUCAACGUUUCGGGUCUUUUGCUCCUCUAAGAGAACAUAUCAAGGCAAAAUGGUUUGUGGAUGGACGUGACUAUUACGAAGCAGUUAUCCAUGCUAUCAUUUCAGCCAAGUCAGAGAUAUAUAUUGAGGAUUGGUGGCUGAGCCCACAGCUAUACUUACGAAGACCUCCUAAGGGUAAUGAAGAAUACCGUCUGGAUCGACUUUUGAAGAGAAAGGCUUGUGAAGGCAUCAUGAUAUAUAUUGUUCUUUAUAAGAAUGUAUCUGUUGCCUUGCCAUUGGACUCCCAGUAUACAAAAGAUUGGAUGCAGACUGUACAUCCCAAUAUUAUAGUUCAAAGACAUGCUAACCUCACCUCUUCUCCAUUUUGGGCACACCAUGAGAAAAUACUUGUCAUUGAUAAUCGCUUAGCCUUUGUAGGAGGAUUGGAUCUCUGCUUUGGACGAUAUGAUACACAGGCUCAUGAACUCACAGAUUACGAUUCAACUGAUGUAUCCUGGGAGGUGUUUCCUGGGCAAGACUAUUCCAAUCCAAGGAUUAAAGAUUUUCAAAAAGUUAGUCAGUAUGGCACCGAGCUGAUCGACAAGACAACAACAUCUAGGAUGCCCUGGCAUGAUAUCCAUACAGCUAUGGUUGGACCACCUGCAAGAGAUGUUGCUAGGCACUUUAUACAGAGAUGGAAUUUUAUAAAAGCUAAUCGCGCAAAGGAUAGAGACGAUAUUCCCUUCUUAUUACCAAAAGGGGAAUAUGUUACUACUAGAGAUGAAACCAAGUUUAAGGGAACAUGCAAGGUUCAGGUGUUAAGAAGCAGCGCAGAAUGGAGUCAAGGGAUCAUACGAGAGUAUUCGAUAUACAAUGCCUACAUGGAAUGCAUAUUUAAAGCAAAGCAUUUUAUAUACAUUGAAAACCAAUUCUUUAUCACUACAACAAGCCCUGAUGAUAAGCUGAUAAAGAACAAAAUAGGCCAAGCUAUUGUAGAAAGGAUUAAAAGAGCUCAUAAAGAAAAGCAGAAAUUUCGAGUCAUUGUUAUAAUACCAAGUGCUCCUGGUUUUGAAGGCGACUUUGUUCAGGUUGACAGAAGAUCAAUGCCACUUCGAUCAGUUGCUCAAUAUCAAUACAGAUCGAUCUGUCGUGGAAAAUAUUCUAUAUUUGAGCAACUUAAAAAGGAAAAUAUACCCAUUCAUGAAUACAUUGGCUUUUACAGUCUGAGAAACUGGGGUAAGAUUAAACGUCCGUCUAGUUCACCAAGUGCAUUUUUAGACGGGAAAAGAAAACGACGCACAAGAUCAAGAUCGAACACAGUAACUGAUGAGCCCAACGUGGACAUUCAACAAAACCUUUUCUAUGCAGAUGAUGGAAGAAUGGAUUAUGUUACUGAGCAAGUUUAUAUUCAUUCGAAGCUUAUGAUUGUUGAUGACAGAAUUGUCAUUUGUGGAUCAGCAAACUUAAAUGAUAGAUCUCAACUAGGAAACAGAGACUCUGAAAUUGCAGUGAUAAUUGAAGAUACAGACACAAUGGAUUCAAAAAUGAAUGGAGAACCUUAUAAGGCCUCAAGUUAUGCCCUGACGUUAAGAAUGCAAUUAUUCAAAGAACAUCUCGGUCUACUCGAUGCUUCUGCAUCAGAUACCUUUGAUUAUCGGCGUAAAGAAAAUCUUAUCGUGAUGGAUCCUUUGAAUGACGAGUUUUAUUUCAACGUCUGGAACAAGAUUGCAGAAAAGAAUACAUUGAUUUACAGAGAACUUUUUAGAUGUGUUCCGGACGAUACUGUUCAUUCUGCCGAGCAACAUCGUCAAUUUAUGCCUGACCCAACUCGUGUCCUACAGGGACAUAUUGCCGAACCAUGGAAAUAUUCAGCUAAAGAAGUGCAAGCGAAAUUAAACGAAAUACGAGGCCAUCUUGUACAAUUCUCAACAGAAUACUUGAAAAACACCAACAUGACAGCUUCAAUGAUGCAGGAAGCCAUUCCUCCUGCUGUAUUUACUUAAUAAACACCAUUACUUUUGUCUGUCAUCUUCAACUUUUCCUUGUAAUCACUCUAAUAUAUCACUCUAAUAACGCCAUAUAUGUGCUGGAAUUAGACCAUAAAAUACACCGGAAAAUAUGCCUUGAGGACGUGAUUUUGAGCAGCACUUUCAGCGUAUCAGCCAGACACAUGCUGUAUACGUGUGUACGAAUUGCGUACUGAUAUUUUAUCAUGGGACUUAUGGGCGUCAUUAGGGUUCGUGUUUCUUCUUUUCUCUCUUUACCGCUACUCCUUCAAUCACUGUUCCUGGUAUUUGUAUGAUGGCUCAUGACCAUCGUGUGCCAUUUUAGUAUCCUUAUCCACCACUUUUAUAAAGGAAAUACUUUGAGGAUCACAGUAAAAUGUACAAUGUGUAAAUAAUGGAGUUUUUU